CGUAGUUUCUCUGCGCACAUGUUUAUCUACGUUUAACCAAUGGCGCUACGUAAUGUUAUUACGUCAUCACUGAUAGAGUGUGCAUAUCGGAAAUUUCAAAAAUGAUUAAUCGUGACGAAAAGGUUUAACUGUGCCACAGUAAACAUGGGACUAAAGGAUUUCCGAAUAGUCUACGACAAUCCUUGGAAUAUUUAUUACCCAGGACAGACCGUUAAUGGAAUUAUCAUCGUGGUGUUAGAUAGCACGAAAAAGAUACGUGGUAUAAGCGUAAAAAUAAAAGGUGUGGCGAACACAUGUUGGACUACUGAUAAACAAGAUAUGGAUGAGAGAGGGCAAUAUAGAGAUGGAACUGAGACGGUUACCGCACAUGAAGAAUAUUUUGAGACAAAGUAUUAUCUUGUUGGAUCAGCUUCUGGUGGUGAAAUUGAGAUACAAAGUGGGGAGCAUAAAUUUCCGUUUCAAUGUGUUCUACCUAUAAAUUUACCCAGCAGUUUCGAAUCUGAUUUUGGACAUGUUCGGUAUACAGUUAAAGCAACUUUGGACCGUCCUUGGAAGUUCGAUCAAGAAGUAAAAAGUCCCUUCACAGUGGUAUCACCUCUUGAUCUUAAUCAAGAACCAAGGGCUUCGGAAAAAGUGCAAGAAGAAAUGAGCAAAACAUUUUGCUGUUUAUGUUGCGGUACGCCACCAUUAACUGUUAAUUAUUUGUUGCCGGUGAGAGGAUAUGUACCAGGCCAAUCAAUGCCAAUAAAAGUGAACGUUGAAAAUUUGUCAGGAGUUGUUGUGGAUACUAUAAAAUUACUUCUGUGUAAGAUCGUAACUUUUCGGGCCACUACACCGACUACUGAUACCAAAAGAGAAGAAAUUGUAAUAGCGGAAGUUAGUAAAGGACCUAUUGAAGCAGGCGGAAUUGCAGAUUAUGAACAGAAGCUCGAUAUUCCUCCACUACCUCCAUCGAAUUUGACGAAUUGUGGAAUUAUUGAUUUGGAAUAUAAUCUUAAAGUUAUAGCUUGUGUCUCAGGAUGGUACCAUCGAAAUUUAACGCAAAACACCCUUGUAUUCGUGGGUACGGUACCAUUGAUAAAUUAUCAAACUCCGACUGCUCCUCCGGCCGAAGACUAUUCAAAAUUAUCAGAAAUUGGAUGGACGACCUCAGGAAUUCCAGUUUCAAGUUCUGACGGACCUCCGUCACCAAAUUUAUAUCCUAAUUUGCCUCCUCCAUCAUAUGAAGAAUCAACCAAUGGUGCUAGAAGUCUGUGGGAACGUGGUGAAUCCGAGCAUAUUUUUGGUCUGACAAAUCGUUUCGCACCUAAAUAUCCGGUUUUCAAUUUUGCGCCGAUUCAAUAAACAAGGAAACAAAAUAAUUUGAUGCUUUGAUGCAAAUAAUGAAAAAUGAAAGUCACAUAUUUUAUAUAAUAGUUUGUAAAGCAUUUCAGGAGCUUUAAUCGAAAUUAGAACUUACAA